AUAACGGGUAACUGUUACCGUAUUCGAUUGCAUUCCAUCCUCUCCAUCGGGGAAGCUGCAAGCCCAAAUCUCCGUUGAAUUGCAGUUAAUCUUUUCUGUUCGUUCCAAACCAGACUGUGAAAUUGUCAAUUUGUCAUUAAGAUUGUCUUACUGAGAUGGCUCUGGUUGAUGUGACUAAAUGUUGCGUUGAUUCCAUUCGCCAAAUAUCGGAGCACAUUGAAGAUGCUACUCUGUACAUAGAUUCUGGAUGUACAGAGAGUUUCCAAUUUAUUGGAGCAUUUCCUGUCUUACUAGAACUUGGAGUACGUGCGGUUUGCAGCUUGGAAAACAUGUGUGCUCUUGAUGCGGUGGUUGAUUGGAACUCAAAUUUUGGUGCCACUAGAAAAAUAGUGGUUAUGACAUCUCGCCUACUAAGUGAUGCACAUCGCUACAUUGUACGGUGCCUGAGCACACACCACAGUGUUUGUGACUGUGCAAUAUUUACAUCUAUCUCAGAGAUAGCUCACUCAGCAUAUCCUGAUUCACCUCUGGGGCCAGAUGCAUUCCAUGAGUAUAAAUCCUUGCUUCUUCAAGAUUAUGAAGAGCUCCUUAAGAAGAGCAAUACAAAGUCUGGAAAGUCAGAAGAUGACAACUUCCUGGAAAAAUUGACCUUUGACGAUGAUGGAUGGUCACGGCUUACAUCUAGUGAAGUGGACAUCCCUAAUCUUGAAGCUAGAUCAGCUGGAAAGGAUCUAUAUGAAGAUAAUCCAAUUGGGCUUAUGGAAGAUGUACGGCAAAAAUUGGCUGUUUCUGUGCAUCACUUUCCCAUGAUUUUGUGUCCUUUUUCACCUAGAAUGUUUGUCUUACCUUCAGAGGGAUCUAUUGCUGAAGCAUGCUUAUCAAAUGAACAUGAGGAUUCUCUUUGUCCUGGGUUGCCUCCGAUAAGUUCUGGAUCCUUCUCUGAUGGUGAUGACAUCCCUCCGGGAGCUACUCUUACAGCCAAUUUUCUUUACCAUCUGGCUGCCAAGAUGGACUUGAAAAUGGAAAUAUUUUCCCUUGGUGAUUUGUCAAAAACUGUUGGGAAGAUUUUGACGGAUAUGUCAAGCCUUUAUGAUGUAGGUCGCCGUAAGCGACCAGCCGGAUUAUUACUUGUUGACCGCACAUUUGAUCUUCUGACUCCAUGCUGUCAUGGAGACUCUCUUGUUGAUCGCAUAUUUUCAUCUUUGCCUCGUAGGAAAAGAACUACAUCCUAUACCCACACGAAAGGUUCUCAAAGCCAAGUCAAAUUAGGGCCUUCUCACAUACAACGACCUCCUAUUGAUGUUCAUAUACCGAUUGUAAAUAUCUUAAGUAUAGAAGAUUUGGAAAGAGAAGAUUCUCAGGUUUCACAGAAUGUCGAAGCUUUUUUACGUGGGUGGGAUGCUUACAACCAAUCUUCUCAAGUUGUCAAUUUGGUUGAUCUUGGCAACAAAGUCCAUACUGAAAAGUCCCUUUCCUCUGAGAUUCAGCUACUCAGUGGAUCCUUUGUCUCCACCGAAAAUUUUUGUGGAACACCAUAUAUGAAAGCUUUACUGGAUAGAAGAACAAAAGAUGGGGCUGUAUUGAUAAAGAAAUGGCUUCAGGAGACAGUGCGCGGGGAAAAUUUAACUGUUAAUGUGAGAACUCGUCCUGGUUCUGCUACAAAAUCAGAGUUGCAACCUAUGAUUAAAGCACUGGCUCAAAGCCAGUCAUCAUUUUUAAGAAAUAAAGGAAUUAUUCAGUUAGCAGCAGCUGCACUAGGCACUCUUGAGGAAUCACACAGUGCCAGAUGGGAUGCAUUUAUCAGUGCAGAGAAAAUGUUGCAUGUCAGUGCUGGAGACACUAGCCAGAGUCUUGCUGCUCAAAUUGGUGAUCUUAUCAACAAGAGUUUGGUCGGAUCACAGGGGCAGAAGAAUGGAAAACCAGAGUCGUCACAAGGACUACUCUCUUUCAAAGAUGCUCUGCUCCUUAUGUUUACUGGUUAUGUAUUGGCAGGUGAAAAUUUCCCAACAUCUGGAUCUGGUGGCCCAUUUUCGUGGCAAGAGGAGCAUUUUCUAAAAGAAGCUAUUGUAGAUGCAUUUCUUGAAAAUCCAUCAGCAGCCAGACUGAAGUUCCUCCAUGGUCUAACAGAGGAGCUUGAGGCCAAUCUAAGCAGAAUGAAAUCAGAGGAAACCAAAGAAGCGUCUUCGGAUCAGUUAGAUAUUGAUGAUUUUGAUGAUGAUCAAUGGGGUAAGUGGGGUGAUGAAGAUGCAGAUAAUGAUGAUAAGAAAGACCAAGCGUACGAUGACAUGCAGCUGAAGUUGGAGUUGCGGGAUAGGGUGGAUAACCUUUUCAGAUUUUUUCACAAGGUAUCUGAUCUAAAGAGGAGGAAUAUACAGUUGAGAGAAGGUCCUCUGGGCUCCGAAAUUAACUUCAGUGGUGAUUCAUACACAAGUAAGGGAUUACUUUAUAAGCUGCUAACAAAAGUGUUGGGCAAGCAUGAUGUGCCGGGGCUGGAGUACCAUUCUUCUACUGUGGGGCGACUUUUCAAAAGUGGGUUUGGGAGAUUUGGUCUGGGACAGGCCAAACCAAGUCUUGCUGAUCAAAAUGUUAUUCUGAUAUUUGUUAUCGGUGGCAUCAAUGGUCUAGAGGUACGCGAAGCCCUAGAGGCAUUAUCCGAGAGUGGAAGGCCUGACAUGCAGUUGAUUAUUGGUGGAACAACUCUUCUAACCCCUGAUGACAUGUUUGAUUUACUUUUGGGAGACUCUACUUAAAUUUCAUUUCUGCUCUAACAUUAUUUUUUCAUUUGGUGAAGGAAAAUUAUUUUACAGAGAGAAAAUACUAUUCUGGAAUGCUGUUUGCCACUUGCCAGUCUAUUAUAGUUUUGGAUGCUAAGGCCUAAGUGGCUGUAGUUUUAGGUUUUUU